AUGGGAUAUAUUAUACCGGAUGUAUAUAUAGGGUAUACAAGAAAUUUUCGUAAACCUAGUGUUAAGCAGUUCGACACUGAUGGCGCCAGAUGCGCGAACCUCGAGCACGUAGACCUGAACGAGAGGGAUAUCGAGACCAUACUCCAUUGGCACAACGUUUAUCGUAACACUGUGGCGAACGGGGAUGAGGAACGAGGAAAUCCGGGCCCGCAACGCCCAGCGAAGUUCAUGAUGGAGUUGAUCUGGGAUGACGAACUUGCCCAUAUCGCGAGACGAUGGGUGGUGCAGUGCAACCUCCUCGAGAAAGAUCAGUGCAGAGACGUUGGCAAGUAA